AACGGUCGCAUUUUUCGACAGAACAUCUCAACUUCAAAUCCGGGCGGGAAAAUGGCGACCGGACGAGGAGAGUUCUACCGGAGUCUCCAUCAGGGGUUAGAGAGGAGACCUGCCCAGCAGGGCCAGGGUGGUCCUCAACCGGGUCCUGGUCCUCAACCUGGUCCUGGUGUUCAACUUGGUCCUGGACAUCAACCGGGUUCUGGUCCUCAACCUGGUCCUGGUCUUCAACCUGGUCCUGGUCAUAAACCGGGUCCUGGUCUUCAACCUGGUCCUGGACAUCAACCUGGUCCUGGUCUUCAACCUGGUCCUGGUCAUCAACCUGGUCCUUGUCAUCAACCUGGUCCUGGUCUUCAACCUGGUCCUGGUCAUAAACCUGGUCCUGGACGCCAACCGUCGAGUAUUUGGCGGCAAAGCUCGGAUCCUGGACGCCGACUGACGGGUCCGAGUUCCGGGGGGAAGAAGGAGCCGAGGGCCGCGCGACCUCCGGGGCGUUUGGGCGGGAAGGACCGCAGCUGGCAGGAUCAGAAAACAGAAGGACAGGAAGCUAAUCCAUUCCAAACAGAAGCUUCUUUAAUUCAGGAAAACUUUAUAGAAAGGUUGCCGUCUGAGAUCCUGAUGAAGAUCCUGUCCUACCUGGACGCCUCCUCCCUGUUUUGCACGAUCCACGUCAGCAAACGUUUCCACCAGAUCGCCAAUGAUGACGUCAUGUGGCACAACAUCUACGUGUCAGAGUUUGGGAGUCAAACCUGGAAGCCAAAGUCUGCGGAUGAUGCAGCACCAAAGGUGGAUGCAGUAGGAAGGAGAGGUCACUGGAAGAGGAUGUACUUUACCGCUGCCACUGGACAAGAGAUGACCAGAUGGAGGAGAGAGCAGAGAGAGAUCAGUCCGUACACCGGGCUGCCCAAUAAGACAGAAUGGGUCCUCAGGAACCUGAACAUGAGCUGGGAGCUGACGCUGCGUAAUCACGGAGGGAGGGAGAACGUGCUGCUGCACAGCCGGGUGUACUUCUUCAGGUCGUCCAUGAUCGUCCGCUGGAGUGGAAGCUGCUUCCUCAAAUACUACCAGAUCAGAAACAUCCGGCUCCAUGCAGUGAGGACGCCCCGGAGCCCCACAGCACAGAAGCCCGGCUGGCGCUCUCUGAUCUGUAAGCUGGACCUGAAAACUCAUCCCGGGCGAACAAUCGGUAAAGACGGACUGAUCAGGCUGAUACAGCUGUCCCCUGGCUUCAUCGUAGGCCUCUGGAGGGGUCAGAACAGCGUGGCCUUCAUCAUGGUCAGUCUGCACUUCCACAAGCUGGUGGAGAGGAGUCUGCUGGGCUCUCCAGUCUGCCCGUACUCUAAGCCUGAGGACCUUCUCCCGGCAGAUGCAUCGGACCCUGAGUUUGGUCUGCACGGCUACACUCUGCACUUGGUCCUGCACAACACCAGCACUGAGAUCAUGUCGCGAAGCUUCCGCCAGCUCUCCUGUCACCGAGGUCAAAUCAAGCAUGGGCAGGUGGAGAUAACAGUCAUCCACAAGGCCAACCGGUCCCAGCACAGAUCGCUGUCUGGAAGCAUCACACUGCCCUGGUGGAGCGAGGAGCUGCAGGGCUCAGUGCAGAAAUGCUGCAUCAUAACGCUGACUCUGCUGGACGAGUUCCAGAAACCCUUCUGGUGCGUCAGCUCACCCGUUUGCAUCACGAGGGCGAGGAACCCGCUGUCCAUGGACUACGGCGGCGAGCACUUCCUGAUGGAGCACCGGGGCCUGGUGGGGGGGGUGAAGUUGAUGCUGGUGUGGUUCACGGAGCAGAAACAGUUCUUCCUCAUCAGCCUGGACCUCUGCCUCUCUGUUUCCAAAAUCAACAAACGUUUCGGCACAGACUACUGAAGCUGCAGCGCUCAGAGCUCUGACUUAUCAUUUCGACGGUCCGGACCCAAAGAGUGUUUCAAAUGUUAAGUUCAGGUUACGUUUGUACAUUUAUCACAUUAAAGAUCAUUCUCCACCAAAGAUUAGAGAGAGUGUAUAACAGAGUAUGCUGCUGAAGCAUCAUGUGUUCAUUUAAAGAGUUUGGACUGUUUCAGUAAAAAUAAAAAAAUACAUAAUUCAGAAAAAAAGCCUCUGA